AUGUCUGAGAGAUCAAGUAAGAUGAUAGAGUCGCCAAUCCCUGUUCCGCCAGAAGCUGGUCUUGAGGUUGGGUAUCCAAGACAUAUCAGCCAUCAAGAUGGGUUGCAGGUGGAUUGGGAAGUACAAGCAAAAUACGAGACCGCGCUCAUACAGCGAGAAAUCGUGGCGGAGCUGGGAGGAAACCGACAAUUCCUAAGAAAUCAUCGUAGAAUCUUGGGAUUGAGCGUCAUGUGGUUCUGGGUCUUUAUGGUGGUCAUUGUGGCUAUUUUGGCUGCUGGAAUUGGGAACAAAAUCGCCAGCGGUAUGAAAGAGAAGAGCAAAAAUAAUCAUUCAAAGCACAGCCACACUGAGAGCUCAAACAUUACAUCGCCAUGCCAGAUUGAUUCAGGGGCAAACAGCAACUCCAUACUCCCAGUAACAUCGCAUCAGGAUACAGUACCCACGAACUUCCGACUAUUUUGCAAUCGAACUUUCGAUGUAGCUUCGAGUUUUGCAAUACCUGAUUCUAGAGCCAAUAUGAAUGGUUGUAUGGAAGCAUGUUUAGAUCACAACGCAGGAGGAUCUAACAGCAGCAAUGACAAGUUCAAUAACUCGUGUUGUGCUGUUACCAUCAAUACAAACGAGACGACCGGACAACAAUGGUGCAAGUUAUUUUCAGCCACCGAAUGGGGAACUGAUGCAGUUGGAGCAGAUUGCGCUGUUAAUCUCUCGCCACUAAGCUUAAAUGACACUAUCGGCCUUCAGACCAGAGUGAGAAACAUCACGCUUGCUUCAACUACCUUUGCAGGAUGUACACCAGCGUCAAGUGGGAGUUGCUUAGAGGGGGUAGUAACAACUGCUCCUGUUAGCUUGCAGUCGGUCGUUUUUGUCUCAGAGCUGGUGAUCGGAGGUCAAACUCCAACGGCAUCGAAGCCAACAUCCACUACCUAUCAAUGA